AUGCCAAAGCGGUCCGAGGAGAUGCUGGUGGAUCUGUGGAUGUCCUUGCUGCUGGUGUGGAUUACUUGUGUUCCUUGUGUGUCUAUGACUCCCAUCAUAGGCCAGUCCAAAGGCACACAAACCGGUGGGUCUGCAGCGGAGGCGAGCGGUCCUGGCGAAGGACAAAGAUUACUGAGCCGCGCCAAGAGAGGAUGGGUUUGGAAUCAAAUGUUUGUGCUGGAGGAAUUUUCUGGACCCGAUCCAAUUCUGGUUGGCAGGCUACACACAGACUUGGAUGUGGGCGGCAAGAACAUCAAGUACGUCCUGGCGGGCGAGGGCGCCGGCACCAUCUUCGCCAUCAAUGAACUGACGGGCGACAUCCACGCCAUGAAGAGGCUGGACCGCGAGGAGAAGGCCGAGUACACUUUGACGGCCCAGGUGGUCAACGCCGACACGGACGAGCCCUUGGAGCCGCCGUCCGAGUUCAUCAUCAAAGUCCAGGACAUUAACGACAAUCCGCCGCAGUUCAACGAAGGCCCUUACCGAGCUUCUGUUCCAGAAAUGUCUGCUGUUGGUACCCCGGUUACCCGGGUAACAGCGACAGAUGCCGAUGAUCCGGUGUACGGGAACAGCGCUAGACUUGUCUACAGCAUCCUGGAGGGACAACCAUAUUUCUCCGUCGAGCCCAACUCCGCGACCAUAAAGAUUGCUCUCCAUGGGAUGGAUCGGGAGAUGAGAGAGGAGUACCUGGUGGUCAUUCAGGCUAAGGACAUGGGAGGACACAUGGGCGGCUUGUCUGGGACCACCACCGUCACCGUCACGCUGACGGACAUCAACGACAACCCACCCAAGUUCUCUAAAAGUUUGUACGAGUUUGUGAUCCCAGAAGAUCUACCGGUGGGGAAAAUGGGCGGCAAGGUGAAAGCGAAUGACAGAGACAUCGGCGAGAAUUCAAAGUCAACGUACAGCAUCAUCGAGGGGGAUGACCAAGGCAUGUUUGAGAUUGUCACGGACUCGCAGACGCAAGAGGGGAUUCUUCGCCUGAAAAAGCCUAUAGACUACGAGAGCAAGAGAGCCUACACCCUGAAAGUGGAAGCCACCAACGUCCGCUCCGAGCCCAGCAGCGGUGCGCCCUUCAAGGACACGGCUACAGUAAAGAUCGUGGUGGAGGACUCCGACGAACCUCCGAUUUUCUUCAAACCCGUGUACUUGCUGGAAGUGAAUGAGAACGCCCCCGUUAACACGGUCAUAGGGACGGUCACCGCCAGGGAUCCCGACUCUACUGGGAGCCUUGUCAGGUACUUCAUCGAUCGGCACACGGACCUGGAGAGGCAGUUCAACAUCAACGUGGACAACGGGAAGAUCACGCUGGCCAAGCCGCUGGACCGGGAGACGGACACGUGGCACAACAUCACGGUGACCGCCACAGAAGUCAGAAACCACAGUCAGAUAUCGAGAGCCAUUGUGGCCAUCAGAGUGAUGGACAUUAACGACAAUGCCCCUGAAUUUGCAACUGAAUAUGAGGCCUUCCUGUGUGAAAAUGGAAAACCUGGACAGGUGAUCCAGACUGUCAGCGCGGUGGACAAAGACGACCCAAUCCAGGGCCACUACUUUGACUAUCGUCUCGUCCCCGAGAUGCUCAACAACCCCAAUUUCACCAUCAAGAACAACCAAGACAAUUCAAUCAGUGUGUUGGCCAAGCACGAUACCUUCCGGCGACAGAAGCAGGAGAUGUACUUCCUGCCUAUCAUUGUGACGGACAACGGGAGCCCGCCGAUGAGCAGCACCAACACCUUGACCAUCCGAGUGUGCGGGUGCAGUAAGGACGGCAUUGUUCAGUCCUGCAACGUGGAGGCCUACGUCUUACCCAUCGGCCUUAGCAUGGGAGCUCUCAUCGCCAUCCUGGCCUGCAUUAUACUGCUAUUAGUAAUAGUAGUACUUUUUGUGACCCUGAGGAGACACAAAAAUGAGCCUCUGAUUAUAAAGGAUGACGAGGACGUAAGGGAGAAUAUUAUCCGCUACGAUGACGAGGGAGGCGGCGAGGAGGACACAGAGGCCUUCGACAUCGCCACGCUGCAGAACCCGGACGGCAUCAACGGUUACCUUCCGCGCAAGGACAUCAAGCCCGACCUGCAGUUCAUGCCGCGGGCAGGGCAACACUCCGGCCCGAACGGCGUGGACGUGGACGAGUUCAUCAAUGUGCGGCUCCACGAGGCAGACAAUGAUCCCACAGCGCCGCCUUACGACUCCAUCCAGAUCUAUGGAUACGAGGGUCGGGGAUCCAUUGCCGGCUCCCUCAGUUCGCUGGAGACGGCGUCGUCGGACUCGGACCAGAACUAUGACUAUCUCAGAGAGUGGGGCCCGCGCUUCAGGAGACUUGGGGAGCUCUACUCUGUGGGCGAGAGUGACCGCGAGACCUGA